CGGCUCCCCCCCAGGCGGUAGCGGCGGCAGCGGCAGCGGUGGCGACAUGAGCAGCGGGGCGGCGUCCGGGACAGGGCGGGGGCGGCCCCGGGGCGGGGGGCCGGGGCCCGGGGACCCCCCACCCAGCGAGACACACAAGCUGGUGGUCGUGGGCGGCGGCGGCGUGGGCAAGAGCGCGCUGACCAUCCAGUUCAUCCAGUCUUACUUCGUGUCUGACUACGACCCCACUAUUGAAGACUCCUACACGAAGAUCUGCAUGGUGGAUGGCGUCCCAGCCCGGCUAGACAUUCUGGACACCGCUGGCCAGGAGGAGUUCGGUGCUAUGCGGGAACAGUACAUGCGCGCCGGCCAUGGCUUCCUGCUGGUGUUUGCCAUUAAUGACCGGCAGAGUUUCAACGAGGUGGGCAAGCUCUUCACGCAGAUCCUCCGAGUCAAGGACCGAGAUGACUUCCCCAUCGUGUUGGUCGGGAACAAGGCAGAUCUGGAGACACAGCGCCAGGUCUGGGACACCCACCCCCACCCCCCACCCCCCCGCCGCGAACGACUGGACCUCAUCUCAGUCUGGGAGGCUCCUUCUGGUGCACCUCCUGAGACUCCUCAUGUCAGGAUCCUCCUCUGGCUCCCUCGGUCCACUGUCACACACCCCCACUAG